ACAGGCAGGAGGUGUCACUUGGUUGCAGGCACACAAUAUGGUAUACUAUCAGACCACGACUCCCCCGACAAUAUCUGCUCCUCCUCCACCUCCUCAUAGAAGCAGUGUGCCAACAGUAUUUCCAAACGGUGUGCCACAGCCUCUUUAUGACAACAUCAGCCCACUACCUCAGACUUCACAUGCCGUGGGCCACCCUGCCACAGGUGUGGUGUCGACGCAGGGGUUGCCUGGUGAAGCUCCUGGACUGAUGUUCUGCCUUCACUGCCGGACCACAGUGGUCACCAUUGUCAAUCGUGUCCCUGGAGGUCUGCAGUGGCUUUUCUGCUUUAUCUCUUCAGCACUAUGCCUCUUCUGUUUUGCCUGGAUCCCAUUCUUCAUUGAUGCCUGGAAGGAUGUGGAGCACAGCUGUUCCAGGUGUGGGCAAGUCCUACACAUCUACAGACAAAUGAGGAGAGAAAAUGAACCAAAGAGGAAUUGUACGCCCUGGUGUUAACACACAGCUGUGAGCAGAGAAUAUUGAAUGUGGAUUCAUUGUUAAGAGCUACUGGAUGGACAUAUUUUCUUUCUGUAGUUUGUUGUAACUCCACCCUCCAAAUAAAAUGCCCUGGAUAAAUGAGAAUAAGACUAAGAAUAUAGACUCUUAUUUCUGAUCUAGGCCGAUAUUAAUAGAUAGAGAGAAACAGGUCACUGACAAUGAAAUAUCUGAAAAACUUGACGUUGCCACAUGUUCAUCAAUUCCUUUGUG